CAAGUACUAAGGGACGGAGGGAGUAUAUGUUAUUUUUUGGUGCAAUUCAUGUAUGAUUCACCUAAGAAGAGAUUCAUGUUUAAGGAGGAACAUAUGGUCAACAAAAUUCUUAAAUGUGUCAAUGAAUCACUUUCAAGGGGGCGUUUAGUCAAGAAAUAUUAUAAAGUUAAAGUUUAUUUGUGUUUUAUCUUUACAGGUCCUUCGAAUCAUGUUAGCAUUAUAGAUUGUAAUCUAGCUUAUGCAUUGUAAUGAUCAAUAAGAUGAUCAAAUAACAAGACUGCCUUGCUGUUAUUCUAGCUGAUGAGUCAGCACCUAUGCUAACUGAUUCUUCAAGAAUCAGUUACUUGUUAUAACUGAUUGUAACAAACAGAAGAUUCUAGACUUCUGCUCUCUUAUAUAAGCUGUAAUAUGCUGAUUUAUUAAUACAAUUACAAAUUCCUAUUUCCUGAAAUCCUAAAUCUAACAUGGUAUCAGAGCAGUGUGCUCGUUUCUGAAAAAUUCCGCAGAAAUUUUCAGUUGUUUUCAAUUGUUUCUGAUCUUUUCUUCUCUGAGAAAUCGAUUUGUUCUUCUCACUGUUUGAGAAAUUGUUCAAAUACCUGCUGAUUGCUUCAAUUCUGAGUUGAUAUCUUCGUGUUUUGAUCUGGAAAUUCGUAUUGCAAUUGUUUGCUUGUUGAUCAAGUUUCUACAACAUUCAUUUCUGAGAUUUCGGUUUUUGAUCAUUGAAAAUGGAAAACGAAAAUCAUAGCCAGAGAAGAUCAACUUUGCCUCCUAAUCAAGAUCCUGCAAGCAUCUUCUACAUUCAUCCAUCUGAUGCAAAUUCAGUGCAGCUGAUUUCAUUCAAGUUCAAUGGUGAAGGCUACACAAGCUGGAAGAGGUCUAUGCUGUUGGCCUUGUCUGCAAAGAACAAAAUAGGCUUUGUUGAUGGCAGCAUUGAGAAGCCAGAUCCUGGAUCACUUGAAUGCAAGGCUUGGGAGAGGUGCAAUGAUUUGGUUUGUUCUCUUAUUCUGUGUAAUCUUGAUGAAAUCAUUUCUAAGAGUGUGAUGUUCCUUAAAUCUGCAAGAGCUAUUUGGAUUGAUUUGGAAGAGAGAUUUGGCUUUGCUUCGAUGGCACAAAUCUACUCACUAGAACAGAAAUUAUCUGAAAUCAGUCAAGGAAACAAGACUGUUUCUGAGUUUUUCACUGAAAUUAAGUCGAUAUGGGAUGCAAUUGAGGAAGCACACCCUAUGCCAUAUUGCACUUGCAACAACUGUACUUGUAAUGUGACUAAAAAAUUCUUUCAGAGACAGCAAGAAAAAAUGGUAAUGCAGUUCAUGAUGAAGAUGACUGAUCAGUAUGCAACUAUAAGAGGCAAUGUUUUGAUGGUGCCAGAAUUACCAAAGGUUUCAGAAGCUUACAGGCUCUUUGCACAGGAAGAAAGACAUCAAGAAGUUUCUCAUACAAACAACUCUUCAGAACCAGUUGCUUUUGCUGCUGAGAAAAGAAGGUUUGGGGGAGACAAUUGGAAUAAUAGAAACAAAUCACAGGCAACUGGUUAUCAAAGAACAGGUGCUAAUAAUAAGCAAGGGAGAACAGGUGCAAAUUACUUCUGUACCAAUUGUCAAAUUCCAGGGCACAGCAUUGAGAGAUGUUUUAAGAUAAUUGGAUAUCCACCUGGUUUCCAGUCUAAAGAACACAGAAUUGCUGCAUUAUCUCAUGAUAAUCAUUCUGGUGUUGAACCACCACCAUUGCCAAAACCAGAAGCCACUCCAGCAAUCACAGUAGAUCAGUAUCAGCAGUUGAUGAGCUUAUUAACUAAACAACAACAAAAUGCAGGAGCUGGAACUGUCAAUCAAACCAACAAUCUAGCUAUGAUGGCAGAAAGGGAGUUUGAUUCCUCUUGGUGAUGUCAGUUCUGGACUAUACAAUGUUGGGGAACAAGUACCACCAAAAACAACUUCUGAGCAGUCUCAUACAUGCAACACAGGUUGCUUAUCAGUUGUAGAUAAUGCUAAGUUGUGGCAUCUAAGACUAGGUCAUUUGCCUUUUAGUCAAUUGAAGUUAAUAAUUCCAGAUUGUGAAGUCAAAAGUUGUAUACAAGAUACUAUCUGUCAGGUUUGUCCUGUGUCAAAACAAACCAGACUUAGCUUCCCUCAUAGUAGUAUCAGUACCUUAGCACCUUUUGACUUGAUUCAUAUAGAUGUAUGGGGUCCACAUUCUGUAAAGACUCCUACAGGGUGUAAUCAGUUUCUCACUAUAGUGGAUGACUAUAGUAGAUUCACUUGGAUACAUUUGUUGAGAAAUAAAAAGGAUGUUGUUUCUGUUAUGACUGAUUUUUUAAACAUGGUGAAAACACAAUUUGGUGUCAUGAUUAAGUGUAUAAGAUCUGAUAAUGCCAAAGAGCUGUGUGAAGGUGAUAUUAGGAAAUUGUGUCAACAACAUAGCAUUU